GGAAAAAAAGUCUAAACUGUGCAAUAAAACCCAAUUAAAAUUAAUUAAAAUUUAAUUCACAGAAAUUUAAAAAGGCAAGCAUAUAUAAAUUCAAAUACAUAUAACAAAACCGUAACAACAAUAAUAAUAAACAUAAAACCUUUAAAAUGUCAUUACAUUUAAAUAAAUUAAGGCAGCAGCAGAGGCAACAACAAAUCCAAGGAAAUUGUUGUUUUACAACAUUACCACAUCAAAAUAACAACAACAAAAAUAGCUACUCUAAAGAAGUGUGAAAAAUUAAUAAUAAAAAAAUAUCAUAUUAACAACAACAACAAAAGCACAAAGUAUAACAAAGCAGAAGUGAAGAAGAAGAAGCAAUAGCAAUAAAACGUGAAAAAUAUAUUUAAGAAAGCAAAAACACAAUAACAACAAAAACAACAACCACAAAGCGGCAAAAAAUGCGAAAUCAUUAUCAUCAUCAUCACCACCACAAACAUCAUCACCAGCAACCGCAUUAUCAAGAGAACAGCAGCAAUCGCACAAUUGCAAAUACAAUUAACAACAACAAUCACAAUCACAACAACAGCACUAGUAGUGGUAGCAAUCAUCAAAAUACUAGCAGCCACAAUUCCACUAAUCGUUAUCAAUUUGGUUUACAUCCGGUCAUGGCGGCCGCCACCACAGCUACCACAAAUCUGGCCGGCACCAAUUCAACGCCCUCUCUUAACAACACUAACAACAUGAACAACAACAAUAGCAACAUCAGCAACAAUACUAGUGCUGGUGUUGUUGGUGGUGUCUCCACAGAGUGUCCUUCACUUGCCAAUAAAACAUCAUCACAACAAAGUAACUCUCCAACUACCACAACAACAACCUCCGCUUCAUCAGCUGCGGUAACAGGCUCAACAACAAUGGCCAACAACACCAGUAAUAAUAAUAAUAAUAACAAUAACAACAAUGUAAAUUUAGUUAAUCCCGCGGAUAAUGAAAAUAUCGAUAUAAUUAAUAAUAACAAUAAAAACAACAAUGUCACAAAUACCAACAUAAAUUUAAAUACAAAUAAUAAUAAUAACAGCAAUAACAACAACAACAACGGAAACGGCAAUAAUGAAUGUCGAAAAUUAUUGAAUAAAUCCUUUAAGGAUAGUCUGAAUUUUAAUGAAUUAACCCAACAUCGGAGUAGCAGUAGCAGCAGUAAGCGAUUAUCCCCCAGCACCGAAUCGAGUAAUAUGAGUUUUUCUUCAGCCUCGGUGGCCGGUUCAAUACAGGAUGACAUUGGCGAUCCAUGCGGCUUGACCAAGGCCGGCCUAGAAGAAUACACCAUGCGUUCAAAUUCGUUCUAUGACAAUCCCGUUUUGUAUCAUCAUCAAAAACAAUCAUCCUACGCCCAGUCGGAAGGUUAUCACAGUUAUGUGUCCAGUUCCGAUUCAACAUCGGCCACACCAAUGUUGGAUAGAUUACGUCAGGAAAGCGAUUUACUAUCACGUCAAGCAUCACAUAAUUGGUCACAAAACGAUCUGUCAUCUUUGGCGUCCACUUCGGUGGCAGCAUCUCCCACCUCACUUAUGUCUCGUGAUCGUGAUUUAAGUGAGUUGAGUGUGUCCAGCAUUACACAACAACAACAACAACUACAGCAUAACAAUAGUUCCGAAAGUACUUCCUCUACAGAGACCUUGAAAUGGCUGGGUUCGAUGAGUGAUGUCUCCGAAGUAAGCCAUGCCACAGGAUUUUCGGCAAUAUCGGAAUCUGUUUCCACUUCCCAAUUGAUUGUCCAUAGUUCCAGGGUCUUGACACCCAAACGCCAUCAAAGUGAAAGUGUGUUGCUGGGCAACGAGGAUCAACCUGGACGAUCGCCCACCUCAUCAGCCCAACAAAACACUUCCCAACUUAUGACACAUGCUCAAAAUUCUUCUGCUUCACAGUUGGUGCCGAAUCAUCGUCACAGUCCCAGCUAUCCGCCAGUUCAUCAGACAUCACACACCAUGUAUCGCCAUCACAAUCACAGCAGCCAUUUGGCCACCACUAAUGAACUGAGCAGUAAAUCCCAGCUAAAUGAGAAAACCUCAUCACAAACAAAUAUUUCCGUUAGUAUAACAAACAGUGAGGCUGUGGUCACUAUAUCACCUCAUCCACCGCCGGUUCCAGCACCUAAACCAUCUGCAUCACAGACUAGUGAGCCGCCUUCCCAGGCCAAUUCUCCCGGACGAUUGGCCAAUUCGACAAGUUCCUUAAACAUGGCUGGGGUACAACACAAAUCUCCUGUAUCAGCUUCAAUGGAUUCGUUGGCGGACAUUAAAUCCCAGCCAUAUCGCAACAAUCAUCGUCUCUUCCCCGUUAGCACCUAUACCGAACCGGUCCAUAGUAAUACCUCGCAUUUUGUACAUCAUCCUAAGCCUCAGUAUAGCACAGGGUUACAGAAACCACAAAAAUCUUUGGCCCAGCAGCAGCAACAACAUUCACCCUCAGGAAAUGGUAGUCUUAGCAAUCUUAGCCAAACAUCAAAACUGGGUUCUCCGGCCACAACUUAUCCACAGCCGAGUUGGCAGUCGGUGGCCACCUUAAUCAAUGACUUUGAAAGAUCAGCCGAUCCCCAGCAACAACAGCAUCAGCAGCCACAAAAAUACACCUAUUUAGAUCCCAACAAGACCCAUCGGGUUCCCAAUCCUGCUCUCAAGGCUUUUCAGAAAAAUGCCGUGCAGUCCUAUUUCGAAAGACAGCAGCAACAACAACAACAGCAAAAUCAACUUCAACAACAUCAAUCCAUGGAAAGUCUACAACACUCACCCAAAUCUUUUUCAUCAAGACCUGGAGGAUCACCGCAGCACCUCAGCCACACCGACAGUAAUGGUCAAGUGGCCACUGUAUUGCUGAGAAACUCCUUGCCCAGCAAUUAUAACUCCCCUCCCCUGCAAAGACCUUUGUCCGAGGAUAAAAAUGCCUUUAGUUCCCGGAAUCUAACGAAUUUAUCACCAUCAAACAAACCACCUUCGCCAGCUCCUCCACCACCACCGCCCAGAUCGCGGUCUAUGAUGCCCACACUGCUUAGGCGUUCAUCUUCAGCCUCCGACUACUCCGAGUUAAGAGAUCAAUUUAUAUCUGCUUCCCAGGACAAAUUACAAUCGCAAUCUAUUAAAAACAUAUCCAGUUCGGAAAAGUUCUCUUUCAAUGACUGUGGCAUGCCACCACCUCCUCCACCGCCCAGGGGUCGUGCCUCUAUGUCAGGCCGUAGGACAUCCUCGGCCUCCGAUUAUGCUGGCAUACGCGAUAAGGUAUUGCUGCAACAAGCUGCUGCCCUUACCCAUCAACAGCUACAUCCUCAUCAGCAUCAGAAUGUCAACUAUCAUCCCCUUCCACAUGGCCAUCAUCAUCCUGCUCCUCCACCGCCUCAAAUGGCUUAUUUGCCGGGUGGUAAUGUACCACCUCCAGUACCACCGCCUGUGCAAGAUGGCUGGGUACCAGAGAGGCCACCCAAAAAUCCCAAUUUACGAGUUCCUUCCCCUGACUUGCCACCACCACCGCCAGGUUUGGAUAGUGAAACCAGUCUCUCCGAUGAACCCUUGCCUCCACCACCACCAGAAAUUCUGCAACGCCAACCCCUGAACGAACUGAAUCAAGAGUUAAUGACCAAACCUCCCUCGCCGAAUCGUCGCAACAGUUUUGCCGGUGGUUCGACCAGAAAAUCUGGAAAUUUCUUUCAACGUACCGCAUCAAAUGAAUCGGUUAUCACAAAAGGACCACCACCAUUGGUUCCCAGGAAGCCAGCCAGUAUUGAAUUGGUCCAGGUAUCCAGACCCUCGCCAGCAACACUCAACAAGUUACAACCUGAAUUAUUGCGGGCCACAACCAUUUCAUCUUCGACCCGUAAAAGACCACAUAAUUUAGCCUCCAGUUCCUCCUCGUCUUCGUCCUCGUCCAUAACAGCCAUACAAGAGAAUGUUGCCAUAACCCAAACGCGGCAUUCGCCCAUUGGUGCUACAAUGAAAUCCUCACCGCCACCACCGCCUCUAAUGCCACGAAUGUCAACAACAACGACGACAAACGAUAGCCAUCAACAACAACAGCAGCCGCUGCCUCAGCCACAGCCUCAAAUGGUGGCAACAAAUGUCGCUAAUUCGAAAUCAAGAUGUAAUUCCAAAGCAUCAUAUUUACCACGACAAAGCUUGGAAAAACAAGCCAGUUCGGAUCCAGAUCAUGGCAGCUAUAAGCUUACACUUCAUUCAAAUGAAGAUUUGGUGGGUGGUAACACCACCACCGCAACCCCUAACACAAAAUCCACAUACGAUAUUAUGGCACAAACACAGACACAAACAACAAAACUGCCUAGCAAUUUGCCCGACGUAUUGCCACUGAAUGCCAAAUUGCAGCCAUCCGCAGCCGAUUCCUCAAUAUUGAGAUCACAAACCUCACUACGUUACGGAUCAAAUAAUAACAUAGCUUCAACGCAACAGCAAUUAUCACCUACCACACAAAAUCAUGGGCCACAAUCAAUGAACAGCAACAACAAUAGCUGUUAUCCGGCAUAUCCGCCAUCACAACAACGUUAUUCUACUCCCGUAUUGAGUUCAUUCAAUUUGAACAACAAUUUUAAUCGAUCUCAAUCAUAUGAUACCAACCAGACAUCAGCGGUACAGAGUCCCACCAAAUAUAUGACCCAGUCUUCGUUGGACCUGAAGAAGUCUACACUUAUGGCCACAACCAUUGAGGAACAUCCCAAUGUCAAUGCCAGCAGUAUGUUGGAAAGCACAAGUCUCAAGGAUAAUCAAAAUUCAUCACUCUCAUCGUUGAGCUCUCUGUCGGAGAGUUGUGCCAGUCAUGAAGAGAGAUUGAAUAGCAGCACUAGCGGCAUAAGUAACACCAGCUUGAAUAACAGUAAUCAUCUUCAACAUCAUCAUCACCAUGAAUCAUCGGCAUCAUCAUCCUGCUCUUCGUCGGCCUCUUUGUUCAGAGCGGAAUUGGUCAAUACCACGUUAAAUGGCAAUGCCACACAGAACAACAACAAUAACAAAAAGGCGGUGAUACGCCAAGAAUCUUUGAGGGAAAACAUUGAAAAGAUUAGUCAAUUGCAAUCACAGCUGAUGUCAGCUCAUAAUACCGAUAAUAAUAACAGCCUUCUGGGUCAUGGCUAUACAUCCUCGCUGUCGCCUCACAUUAACUCCAAUCGAAGUGCUCAGGCCAAUGUGAUUGAUAUACCAAAAACUUUGGAACUAAAUGCCUCGCAAAUAAUGGAGGAUAAAACUCGCAUAGCUACAACAACAACACCCUCAGGUUCACCUCCACCACCACCAGCACCAUUGCCAGAAGAGGAAUCGGAGAGUAAAUCGAAUGAAACCUGCAAAGAAGAACAAGAAAAUGAAAUUGAACAAGAAAAGGCCAUGAAGGAAAGUAAAAAUAAAUCGGAAGCCACCGCCGAACACAUACUCUCCCAGUUGGAUUCCAGCACAGAUAGCCUAAAGCUGGUGCAACGUAGCGAAAUCAUUCUGAGAGUUAAUCCUAAUACUGUUGAAACUGCCUCACAAACCGAUGAUAUUACCGACAGUGAAUUGAAAUCCCUCACCGACAUGAACAACAGCAGGGAGAGUAGUGAAACUGGAAAUCGCACAACAACUCUGCAACCUCGCCAACGCCUGCCCAUUGAAGAUGAAUGUGAAAAGUUAUCCAAAGAAUUGGCCACAUUGUUGCCCACAAAUGAUGCGCUCAUACAACUGUUAUGUCCACCCGGCACCAAGACUUGUCAGGACUAUGUCAGCAAUCUGUAUAAUCCCAAUGUACGCCAAAGACCCAGUAAACGUGAUGUGGGUACCUCGACCUUAACGCGUCAACAACAUCAUCAUGCCAAGAAGGAUAAAGAUGAGGACAAGUUGACUGUGGAAUUAAAAUUGACAGAAAUUGAAAUAGCUCCCGAUAGCUGUGAUAUCCUUAAGAAUAAAGUGGAUGAAUUAAUUAAAUACCUAGGCAAUAAAGUGAGAAUCUUAAGUAAAGAACAAGCUGCCAUCGACGAAGAAUCCGCCGCCAAUGAUGAUCUGGGCAAUAGUUUGCUCAAUCAAUUGGGUGAUAAAGUACGACCCAUUGAAGAAUCGAAAUGUCGUACAUACAUAUCGGAUAUUGGCCAUAUUACCGGUCUGUUGUUAUCUCUGUCGGAACGUUUGGCCCGUGCCGAAAAUCAACUAACAGCUGUGGGUGAUAAUACUACGGAAAGGAAAUCUUUGGAAAACAAACGUGAUCGCCUUUUGGAACAACUAACCGAAGCCAAGCGCCUUAAGGCCGACAUUGAUCGCCGUGGGGUUAGUGUCAAAACUUUACUGGAAAAGAAUUUAACUACAGAUGAAUAUGCCGAUUUUGAUUAUUUUAUUAAUAUGAAAGCCAAACUUAUUACCGAUUCAAGAGAUAUUGCCGAUAAAAUUAAAAUGGGAGAGGAAAUCAUUGCUGCUCUCAGUGAUACUUUAAUACAAAGUGAUUGUUAAAACAAAAGCACACCAAGAGAGGGAGAGAAACAAAAAAAAAUUAUGUUAAGAACGAAAAAAUAAAACAGAAUUAAGUACAUAGAGUGGAAUACAUUUUAAUAAAAAAAAACAGCGAAUUCUAUGAAAACAGAAGGGACAGCAAAGGAAGCAUCCAGCUGUUUAAGUGACAAAUCCUUUUGCAUUGAAUUUGUUAUAAUAAAAAAGAUUUCCGUACUUUCAUUUUCAUGUAUUGAGAGUAUAAAGAGAGAUUUUUCAAUUAAGGAGAAAUAACUGAGAUGAGAAACAACGCACAGUUUAUGUACUUAUUUCUUAAACACUAAGGUGCUUUUUUCCUAAAUAAAACUAAAAUUAUGAACAUUUUUUAUGGAAUAUAUUUUCAUAAAUUAUUCAUAGUCUGGAAAUUAUCAAGAAAAUUCGAUUUUCUUUUAAAUUACAAUUAUUUUUUGAAGGAUUUUUCCAAUGCCUUCCAAUGUUAGACCCUCUACAGAUUUCUACAGAAACAUCCGCAAACUUUAAUUGUGUUUAUGUUUAUAUAAUAUGAAGUGGAAUAGUUUUUUCUUCAUAGAAAUAAAAGUUUAAAAUUUAUUUGUAAUUCUAUAAAAAUGAAAUCUCUUUUACUUUGGAACUCAAUGCUAAAAAAAAAAAUAUUAUCUCCUACAAGAAACUACAUUUUUGUAUAAACUCUUUAUCUGUAAAAUUAUGAUUUAACUGUAAUUUUGUUAAUUCCUUUCUUUGUUUCGGCAAUGCUUUUGUAAUUUAAAAUAUGAUUUUAUAUAUGUAAAAGCAUUGCAUCUUGCAUUUUUCUUUUACAAAACGACAAGAACAAAACACAAAACUAAAACAAUUCCUUAAACCAAUGAUAAACUCUAAAUACUAUACAAAAAUAAAUCUUUUUAGUUCCCUUGGCAAACAACAAAAAUGAAUCUUUUCGUUAUGUCAAAGAAAAGUGAAUCUAUUAAAAUGAAAAUAUAAUUUUUGAACUUCGUUGUGUUAUAUAUCGUAUAUUUUUCAUUUUUUAUAUAUGCUUUCUUUAAUUUAUAUUAAGUUACUUAUCUCCCACUUAUUAUUAUUUUAUGUAUAAUUUCUUUAGGUUAUUAUUCACAGUAUACACAUUUCUUUGUUUUUUGCAUUAACUAUAUGUUUAUUAUUUCUUAUUUUAUAAAUACAAAAUUUAUCUAUGUAUAUGCAAUUAAUACAAUAUAUCUAAUACAUAAAUGUUUUUUAGCAAACAAACACCUAUAGUUUGUUAUACGGCAUUGUAAUUAUAAAACCAAUUUAAAAUAAUAUUAUUAUAAUUUCAUAUUAAAUUAAAAAGUAUAUUAAUAAUAAUAAUAAUAAAUAUUUUUCUUUACGUAUGAAUGUAGUUACAUUAUAUAAAACACAAAACAAAUAAAUAAAAAUCAAUUGAA